AUUGCCGGUUCCAAUAUCUAAUAUAUAUACUAUCGAUAUAGCAUGCAAUCACUCGCUCGUGGUUUUCUUGCGCUAUUAUUCACGCCUAUCAACUUUAAUUAGCGCCGUUAGGAAGUAAGAGUCAAUGUGAGGUCGCGGAUAUUUCCUUUAUCCUAUACACAAGUUUCGCAUCGGAUGCGAUAUAUCAAGAGAGGCGUGCAUGUAACGCGACAUAUAAAACAGCUCGACGUAGCGGGUAGCGGAUCUUGACGCAGAUCGCGUGAGCGAUUUUGGAUGAGAGAGGCGUGCGCGCGCGCGUCCGCAUCGACGUUGUCAAGGAAAAUCCGAUUAGAGAUCGCUGUUCGUUUGAGACGGUAAUAAACGGUAAAACGUACAGCAUGGAGAGCGAACAGCAACAACAACAACACGGUAAAGAGCCGAAGCCGAAAGACAGGUUAGUCGGUCUGUUGGAUCAGAUCGAACUGCACGUAGAACAAUUGCGGAAGGAUGCCGCGAGACUCGAAGAGGAGAAGGAUACUUUAUUGACGACCUUGGACACGCUUAGGAACAACGAUAUACUAAUUAGUCUCGAGGAGCCUGAUAGGGAUGAUGUUUUGAGGUAUGCAGAAAGGUUAUCUAUGCGCUGUUCGACUGUAGAUGUAUUAGUUACAGUUCAGCGCGAUCAUGUACAGCAGGAGGCAUUACAUCAGGUUAACGGCUUGAUCGAUAGCUUGAUUAUAAACUUGCGCCACGAUCCAAGUAGCACUCGACAAAGAUGUGCAGAAUUUAUGAACGCAUGUUCUUCCCAUGGUAUGGGUCAUUCGGAUAAAAUCUUUGAGACUGCCAUUCUCGGAUGCACCUUGGAUGAUCAGAAACGAAUCAAGAAGAGGUUGCAGGGAUUACUCGACUAUAUUGAUAAGAUGCAUAUCUUGGAAAUGACACAGUGAAAACAGCAAGGGAUUAUUUGGCAGAUAAGUCUGCCUCAUUCUUCAUACAGAUUUGGAAUAUCGGAGUUUUCCAAAGUUUUGGCGUUAUCGCGAUCGUAGCGAUUUUAGGGAACACUUGGGAGAAAUUGCGUGUUAUUCUUUGCACUAAAUUUUCCAUUUUCUUUCGCGGGUAAGUUAGACCGCAUACAAUAUUUGGCUAUGUAGAAUACAUAGCAAUCAACUGGAUUUAGCAUUAUAGUGACAUGAUAGUGAUUUCUGAUAAUUUCUUACACAAUUUCCGAACUUACUCUUUAAGAUAUAGCAUUUCAACAUUCUUUAGAAAAAAAAGAAUAUCUUUGCUCGCGGAAGAAAACUUCGAUCAAUAGUUUUCAGACCUAAUAUAUGUACGUUUUGAAAUAAAGAGAAGUUUCUAAAAAAAAA